AUCAUCUUGAGGGAAAAAAUGAUUUUUUAUCACCAACAGAAUCAAAGAUUGGUCAAGCAGCAGCUGUAGUAUUUAACAAUAUAUCUUAUGGUGUUCCUGUAGUUUCUCCCAAAAAAAUGCCUGACUUUUCAUGCCUUGUUAAUAAAAUAGCAAUACUAAAUUCUGAGAUAAAACCUCUUGGUUUUACCCCACUUCAACAAUCGAAAGAUAGAAUAAAAGUACAACUAAGAGCAUGCAAGUCAAUAAAUCAAAUGUUAAAGACAAAAGGUGGUCCACUAGAAGCAACGUUUUUUACAAACACAGGUGAUUUAGUUGAAUCUUUUUGCAUGGAUUUAAAGUUUGAUGGACUUUACCAAUCAUGGCCUUUUUUAACCACCUGGCUAGUAAAAGAUAGAACUACCAUUCCCUUGUUAGAAUCAAACUUGUGGCAUUUUAUUGCACUUGAG